GCGACGCGACGCGACCGGACCAGUGUGGAAGCUUCGGAGCUCGCUCGUCGGCUCGGCGCUCCCCUCUGGCCCCCGCGGGGUCUGGACGGCGGCGUGGUUCAUCCGGGCUUCCUUGCUCUCGCGGCCCGGGAAGAGAGGGAGAGGGAGGACUGUUGCUGGCGUUCGGGACUCCGGCCGUCUGUCGGGAAAUAAUGCAAAAGCUGUCCCAAGGCUCUUGACCAGUGAACAAAGAUUUGAGAAAGACAGCCAAGCCCAUGUUUUCUCCUGAUCAAGAAAAUCACCCUUCCAAAGCCCCAGUAAAAUACGGUGAACUCAUCGUCCUGGGGUAUAAUGGGUCUCUCCCAAAUGGCGAUAGAGGAAGGAGGAAAAGUAGGUUUGCUCUGUAUAAACGACCUAAAGCAAAUGGGGUGAAGCCCAGCACUGUGCACAUCGCCUGCACCCCUCAGGCUGCAAAGGCAAUAAGCAACAAGGACCAGCACAGCAUAUCGUACACUCUGUCUCGGGCCCAGACAGUGGUUGUUGAAUAUACUCACGACAGCAGCACCGACAUGUUUCAGAUUGGUCGAUCAACUGAGAGUCCUAUUGAUUUUGUAGUAACCGACACAGUUCCUGGAAGUCAAAGUAAUUCUGAUACACAGUCUGUACAAAGCACUAUAUCAAGAUUUGCCUGUAGAAUCAUAUGUGAACGGAAUCCCCCCUUUACAGCCCGAAUUUAUGCUGCGGGAUUUGAUUCAUCAAAAAACAUCUUUCUUGGGGAAAAGGCUGCCAAAUGGAAGACCUCUGAUGGGCAGAUGGAUGGCUUGACCACCAAUGGAGUCCUUGUGAUGCAUCCACGCAACGGGUUCACGGAAGACUCCAAGCCGGGAAUAUGGAGAGAAAUAUCAGUGUGUGGAAAUGUAUUCAGUCUGCGCGAAACCAGAUCAGCUCAGCAGAGGGGAAAGAUGGUGGAAAUGGAAACGAAUCAGUUACAAGAUGGCUCGCUGGUGGACCUCUGCGGCGCAACCUUGCUGUGGCGUACUGCAGAAGGCCUUUCCCAUACUCCCACCGUGAAGCAUCUGGAAGCUUUGAGACAGGAAAUCAAUGCAGCCCGGCCUCAGUGCCCCGUCGGGUUUAACACGCUAGCAUUCCCAAGCAUGAAGAGGAAAGACGUCGUCGAUGAAAAACAGCCGUGGGUAUACCUAAACUGCGGCCACGUCCACGGCUACCAUGACUGGGGAAACAAGGAAGAGCGUGACGGCAAAGACCGGGAGUGUCCUAUGUGUAGGUCUGUGGGUCCCUACGUCCCUCUGUGGCUUGGGUGUGAAGCUGGGUUUUAUGUGGACGCCGGCCCUCCAACCCAUGCGUUCAGCCCUUGUGGGCAUGUGUGUUCAGAAAAGACAACGGCCUACUGGUCCCAGAUCCCGCUUCCGCAUGGCACACACACGUUCCACGCAGCCUGCCCCUUCUGUGCGCAUCAGCUGGCUGGUGAGCAAGGCUACAUCAGACUUAUUUUCCAAGGACCGCUGGACUAACGGACAGUUGUCCCUCAGGACUGCAUUUUACAUUUAUAAGCUAAGUGAGUUGGGUUUUCCAACCCGUUGUCCAUGUCAGUUUCUCUGCUCUGGUCAUUUGCAUUAAAAUGAAGAAAUUUUUUAAAUAUUUAUAAUCAGCGUCAAUUUCUGAGCAAAAUCUUAAGCAAAGGAAUUUUUGAAAGUUCUAGACUUCUGAAUUCUGAGUUUUGAAACUAUAUUUUGAGGAGAACAAGACAUAAGUCUAAUUUGAUGCCUUCAUUUUAGUUUUUGAAUCACCCAGCCUCAGUGCUGAGAAAUUGUUUUAUAUAACUGAGGGUACUGUUGGUUCAAACUAUGUUAGUUUACAGUUUGUUGCAAACAUUGUACAAUACAGCAACUUGUAUGUUAAAUUUUCUUCUAUUUAUCUUGAUCACAGAGAAUCGAAUGUUCUUAACAGAGCAGCAUGGUAGCUGGUGUCGCACGCCUUGGGUGUGAAUGGCAGUUAGUGCGCACGCAGCUCAACAGUUGCAAAGUCGAGAAGGACCAGAGAGCCUCUCCCUAGCCCCACAUAAACAGGGGAUUUGGUAAUUUCGAUACUUUGUAAAACCAGAUUCAUAUUAGUUACCAUUGUCUCAGAGGUGUUUGUUUUUAACCACAUCGAAGUUAACCAGGAAAGACUUUUUUCCUUAAUGUUUCUCUCAAGUGUAGUACUAUAACAAAAGUACAGUCUAAAGAACGUUUUAUACGCUCCUUUGAAUAUGCAGUUUAAUCCAGAUUACCUAUUUUUCUCCCGUGAUAACUAACCUGUUUUUAGUACCAGCACCAUUUGGCAAGUUUAUUUUUUUGAUAUAAACUGUGAUUCAUCUGUUCACUGUUUUUAGGGGGGGGGGAGAGCAUUCCUAUAAGAAAAAGUAUAAAUUAAUAAAAAGAGUGACUUGAUUGCUUUUAGAGAAAAAAAAAAGAAAAUGUUUUGUUAAUUAUUCUACAUAUGGCAUUAUCCAGGCAUUGGAAAAUCUAGAGACAGAAAGGGUUGAACGACCAUAGUACCUCCCUUUUUUAGCCUAGCAGACCAAGCUUAACUGUGGGCUUGGAUGCUAAGGAGUUGCAGCGUAGCCCAAGGAAGCGCUUGGCUGGCGGUGAGCGUCACCAGUGAGGCAGAGCGGAGGAGCGCCCUGCAGGGGCUGCCCGUUCUUGAACUCCCGUGGACACUGUGCUUCUGAGGCGAGACGACACUUCUCUCCACUCCAAGCCUUCUGUAAACAAGCACCAGAAGUACAGACAAUUGCACUACACCAAACCCUGUGUGACACUUACAGAAAUCAGUCGACUUUCGAUUAGGCAGAAUCAUCUCUCAGUCUUUUGAUUUCUUUCCUUUAGUUUGAAAGGUUGUAUAAUACUUAAUUGACCAUAGCAAAUUUUUGUAUGUAGUAGCAUAGCUUUAAUUUAUCCUAUAACAUUAAUGUUCUGACUUUUUAAAAAAAUGCUUAGAAGCCAUGAACUAUUUUAUUUUAUUUUAUUUUUUGUCAACGUUUCUUGUUUUGAAAAGAGGAUCAUUUGGGUUCACUCAGGAAAUGCAUGUCAGGAAACUAGUAUUAUAAGUUAGUUGUGAUGUAUCAGUAACUGCUGGUUACCCCCUUUUCAGAGAAUUUAACUGAUUUUUGACGUUUUCUAGGUUGUCCCAUGCUCUGUGACUAAUGCGAGGAAACUUGAGUCCUGUGUCGUGUGUGUUCUUGUCAUUUCCAUUCAGGCUGUGUAUUGUAGCUUAAUUUUUAUUUGCAAUUAAUUUAUUCAAACUAAGUAAAUACUUUUCAAAAUAAACAUGUGAAUUUGC